AUGGUUACCACUCGUCGCGCUGCAAAGGCGGCCCCUGAAGAGAAUAUCGUCAUGGACUCUCCCAUGCGCACUACGACGCCACGCACCUCGCCCUUCCUUCCGACACCUCUUGAAAGAGCUGGACUCAUCGUCUUUCCCGCGAUGUUGAUCUUUGGCACUAUUUUCUCCAUCAUCUCACCCCAGACACGCGCCGCUCCCUACGAUCCCGUCACGCAAUCGCAUCUUCAAGACCCAAGCUUUUCGCCAAGCUAUUUUGCGCGCAAGUCCAACCUGUUCAACGUCUUGUUCGUCAAGAGAGGCUGGGCCUGGAUUACCGCUGCUUUCUUCGCCUUUGUGUUCAGUCACCCCAGCACGGCAAAUCUGGAACGACGUGCCCGGGCUAUCUUCCGAUGGUUUGCUGUUACAUCCACGUGGUUUCUUGUUACUCAGUGGUGUUUUGGUCCUGCUUUGAUCGAUCGAGGUUUCCGAUGGACAGGUGGUCGCUGCGAGCUCGCUAGAAGGGAGGUCGAGUUUGGCGUCGACAGUGUUGGGGACAAGGUCACAGCUGUGGCAUGCAAGGCUGCUGGUGGAAAGUGGAAGGGCGGUCAUGACAUAUCGGGUCAUGUCUUCCUCCUCACUCUUGGCACUGCAUUCCUCAUGCAGGAGGUCGGCUGGGCUAUCUUGAGGUGGUCUGGAAAGCGAAACGAGGAGCGAUGUGUGGUCAUGUCUGAUGGAGCACUCAAGAGCGCCAACGUCGAGGCUGACCAUGCUAUGGGUGAAGGCGCAGCGCAGCCUGCACUUGGCCUUGGUGGCAAGUUUGCCGUUGGAGUCAUGGGCCUUAGCUCUUGGAUGCUGCUCAUGACAGCUAUUUACUUCCAUACCUGGUUUGAGAAGUUUACUGGACUCCUCACCGCCGGUACUGCCUUUUACGUUGUCUAUAUAGUACCUCGAUUUGUGCCUGGUGUGAGACAGAUCGUUGGUCUUCCUGGCAUAUGA